UGUGUGUGUGUGUGUGUGUGUGUGUCCUUCCUGUCAUACGUGUGUUAGUGUGAUUCAGGGUCUCCACACAUUGUGAGCAUAGCAGAGAUCCUUCGAGCUGCCUGUUCAUGUCUAACUUUAUUGCAGGAGCCUGAAGUGGUUUUCUCUCUGUCUCUCCCCCCCCCCUCCUCCCCUACAUGCAGCUGAGUAGAGGGGGUUGACCAAUUGCCAGCAGCUGUUGCUCAUUUCACAAUGGUCCCGCCCAUACAGUGCCGAGGCUGGCAGUGCUGCUUCACACACUAGAGGAGCAGCGGCAGCAGAGCUCCCAACUCAGAGGAAUAUGUCUACGUUAGAACCAUCAUGAAGGACCGACUCAGAGCACCGAGCACAGAGGAGUUUCUACCGUUGUGCUGAGUGGAGCCCAGAUCCUGUUGCGGGCUAAUUAAAUCCCAGCAUAACAUCACUGACUCCCACCCCGCCUUCCCCGUCCCCUGGUUUGCUGAAAAAAGUAAACACCCCACAAAACUUCUGUCCUGAGCGGGACGUCAUCCUCGCCUGACUCUUCACCCUCCAUCCUCUUCCUCCUCAUGUUCCUCCAGACGGAGAGGAGGGCAGGGCGAGCUCACACAGCCUGCCGGCCACCGCGCGCCUCCUGACGGGCGAUGGCGCUCCAGAGGAGGCUGGCGCUCGGCGCGCUGACCGGCGGCUCCCUGCUGCUGGUCUACAUCCUGUGUGUGAACCUGGAGAGUCCUCUGUCCUGGCCCGCAGCACCUCCCAAACAAUCCCAUGGCUUCACACAGGCAAGGAGCAGCAGCUCACGAGACUCUGCGGAGCCUCUGGACAGACAGAGCAACAGGGACCAGUGCAGCCCCCCGCCCCCCACCCCCACCCUUCCUCCAGGGCUCUCCUCUGGAACAAUGGAGCCCGAGCACCCGCUGACUCCCACUCCAGAGACUCAAACAGCCACAGCUGCUGAACACACACCAGCUGAGAACAACGCCCCGGACAACUCCAAGUCCAGGUUUAAGUCUGGCGUGGAGGAAACCGGGUCCCGGGUGGUGAAUCAAGGCCUCGGACUGCAGGACGCCGGUCCGACAGAGCCGCCCUUCAUCGGAGACAAGUACAUGAGUGAAGACGUCCCACCUCAAACAAACUGCUCCGACGGGAUCCGGAGGCGGGUCAACCAAACGGCUCUGAUUGGCCGGUUCCUGGAGGGCGUUCCUGUCCUGCAGUGGGCCGGCCACGUCACCCGGGAACAGCACCAGCGUCUGAGCCGCUACCCAGGAGCGCAUGGCUGGGGGGGCAUCGAGUACAAGACAUUGGUGGAAACUCUGUCCGUCCUCAACUCGUCUGCUAACCGGUGGCUGCUGGACGACUGGACGGAGCGCAGGACGACGUCGGAGUGCAUCCGCUGCGCCGUGGUGGGGAACGGAGGGAUCCUGAAGGACUCGAAGAACGGGAAGGACAUCGACGGCCAUCACUACGUCUUCAGGACCAACGGGGCGAUCAUUGAGGGCUUUGAGCAGGACGUAGGGUCUCGGACCACCCACUACACCUUCUCCACCAACACACUGAUGAACUCCAUGAGGAGCUACGCCGGAGCCGGCUAUAAAGGGCCCCCGAUGUCUGAAGAAACGCGCUACGUGUUCCUGCCGGAUCACGACCGGGACUACCUGCUGAUGAAGGCCGCAGCCACACACACUCGGGUGGAGCGAGGACCCGAGAAAGGCAAAGAUCCAGCCAAGUACUUCGGCCAGGACGUGUCGGCAGAAAAGCUAAAGAUGUACCACCCCGAUUUCAUCCGUUACCUCCGAAACAGAUUCCUUCGUUCUAAAGCUCUGAAAACCAGAUAUAAGGACAUUUACCGUCCGUCAACCGGCGCUGUGAUGCUAUUGGCUGCGCUGCACACCUGCGACCAGGUGAGUGCGUACGGCUUCAUGACCCCAGACUUUAAGAACUACUCCGACCACUACUACGAGAAGAGCUACCACCCAGUGGGCUUCUUCAUCAACCACGACCUGCGCAUGGAGAUGAGUCUGUGGCAGGAGCUGCACCAGGCGGGGCUCAUCCGACUCUACAUGCACGAGGAAGUUGGGAACCACAAAUGACGUCAUCCCGUCUGCCUGCACACGCGUUAGCAGCGCGGCCAUAAAGGGGGACAGGUGGACCACAUGUCCUGUCUUGGCUCAAAGUGACUCUGAAAUGAAAUGAGAUUGAAAUAAGGUGAUGGUGGUCCACCUUGAUCCAGACUGAAAUAAUUCUACAAACAUCGGAUGCAUCAUCAUUAAACUUGGUGCAAAUAUCCAAUGUCAUCAGAGGAUGAGUCCUUAGUGACUGAUAUUUUUUAUUUUUUUUAUUUUUUAUUUCGUCCAACACAUUUCCAGCAACUGUUAGCAUGCUAACACGCUAAGCUAAGGUGCUAAACAUUCCACCUGCAAAACACCCGCACGUUAGCAUGCUAAUGUGAGGAGGCUAACGUUAGCAUUUAACCAAAAGCGCUGCUUUGUUAUAUAAUAACGGAAAGAGGAAUUUCCUGUAAACCAAGGUCGGCAGGUGCAUCAACACCAGAACAGUUGAUUUGGCUAAUUUAGAACGAGCUACUCACACAGUCUGUUUUCACUGCUGAAGCAAAAGUGGAGUGUUUCCUGUGGGUGUAAAAGUAGAUACUGUAGAGUAUCGCCAUGCGUUUCCUGAUGUGACUAUGUCGCUUCUCCGUAACACUAUCAUUCUUAAAUUAAUACCAAAUGUGAAAAAAAACCUGUGGCAGAAAGAGGUUUAUUUUGUGUUGACUUAAAGCGUAACUCGGGGCCAAAAUGCAGCCCCUGGUGCUUCUGGGAGGAAAGUCUCGAGCCUUCUUAGUGUUUUUAAAAAUAGUGAUUUUGAUGCUAUCAUAGUAGCGCCCUUAGGUCUCCCAUUCAAAAGACCAUUUGACCCCAAAACGAUAAUACCGUCAAUCUUUAAAGUGGUGUUUCCGUCCUAAAUAUGCUUUUAAAUGAAGGUUUGACUCGGGUACGUUCACAAAAAAAACCUAGGUUACAUUUUGGCGAGAGUUACGCUUUAACCACCGACCGCUGGGUAGCAGUGUUGCAAUCUAUCUUCAGACGUCCAAGUCUUACACACACACACACACAUACACACACACACACACACAACGUAUGCAUACGGUCGUGUGUUUUUUAUCUUUGAUAAUUUUCUUAAAAUUACAUAACUUAUCUCAAUAUAGUCUCCCAUUGCCAGAUCUACCUCCACAGAGCUGCGGAGGAAGGUCUGGCGAGUCCACACAGCACUCUGGGAGGAGAGAAAGCCGUGCUCCGUUCCUUUGCACCACCACUUCUCAUUUUCCUCACUGGUGUCUUGGUUCCUUCCAUUCAGGGUGGAUCUAAGAGAUGCAGAAGAGGAGAGGGAAUGAAAGAAACAUGUUUGGGUAAAUGAGUCCGCCCUGCUCUAGUAAAGCUUAAGAAGUGUUAUCAGCAGACGGGUUAUAAGUAUUAUCAGUAGAGAUGGAUCCUCCCCAGGUCUCCUGAGGACUUGAAAUCAUUCUUUGGGAUUUUAUUGCUUUAUUGUUUUUUAUUUGAACAGAUGUAUGUGUAAACAGAUCGGCAUCACAGCGCUGGUAGCGAGGUUGCAUCCAACAACAUUUAAAGGUUUCAAAAGAGUGAUGAAAAUGUUGGGUAACACUUUACUAAAGGUAUCUACAUAAGAGUGACAUGACACUGUCAUGAACACGUGACGCUUGUCAUGACACAGUCAUGGCACGUGAACCAUAACCAGAACUUGUCAUGACAAAAUCCAAAUGACAUUAAGAGUUAUGUCAUACGUUUGACUUGUUUAUAAUACGUUCAUGACAGUCUCAUGUCACUCUUAUGUCGAUACCUUUUUAAGUAAAAGUGUAAACAAGUGUUGUCACCUAGUCCAAAUUUAACGAAUCACCAGAGCCGCGUGUACGAGGACGAGUUCACAGCGAAUCACACAAUCAGUCUGUGGCUGAGUUAAGAGUCGUUUCUUGUUGCCAUGCGAUACAGUGUGUU